AUGUACGCCGCGGCGGGCGGUGCCUCGCUUGCGGGCCGCAAGGCGCGUCAGCACGGGCGGCUGCCCGCGCCGCCCAGCCCGCGGCCUCACAGCCCCCUCCACCCGGCGCCGACCGGCGUCCGCGCAUACUCUUGCCAGCACUGGGAGUCACGGCUGCAGAAUCCCCCGCGCCCGCUCUCCGCGCUACCUGCUGACCACGAUGACUUGGCCGAGUGCGCAGCUGGGCGCGCCGCGUGGCAAGAGGCGGCGGCGCUGUCAGUGGGCGAGGGCGGCGCGGCCGGGGGCGCAGCGCGGCGCUGUUCCGUGCUCGGCGACCACCCUACUGCCCGGCGCGACCCGCGCGGCAAGUGGAUACGGAACAACCGGGUGCGAGAUGCGUCGUACUCGUCAGAAUCGGAGUGUGAGGCGGAAGGCGCGGCGGGCGAGCCGUGGGGCGUGGCGCGGUUGUUGUACGCCGGGCUGGGGAUACUCGCGCUCGGGCUACUCGUCUACUUCGUCGGGACUGGCGAUAAGGGUUUCAAGACGCCAGCGUUGCGGCUGGUGGGUCCAUCGCUCAUCGUGGCGGGGCUGGCGUGCUGUGUGCUACGGAUCCUGUUUUGCAUCUUCGCCAAGCCCUGCUGCCGACGAGCAAACAACUACAAGGAGAGCAGAAGACUGGAUGGUUGCGGGGAGGGCGAAGAGAUGCCGCUGGCGCGCGGCCCCCGCGCCGGGCCGGCGCAGUGCUCGCCCGCGCGCCGCCUCGACGCGUCCUCCUGUGACGUGUCCAGCCUGUCCAGCGGCGAGGAGGACGAGCGCCUGCGCCGCUACCGCACACACGCGCCGCCCCCGCCGCGACCCAUCACACACCAAGGUGCCGUUCAGAUCGCGGUGCAGCAGAAGCCAGAAAGCGGUAGUGGUAGCGGUAGCGGUAACGGCGGCGGCGGCGACACCCGGGCGAGCGUCCGCCGGCCGCCGCCGCGCAACGUCUCCUUCGCCGGCCCCGACGGAGAGCUCGUCCUCAGUCCCGCGCAACUGCGCUCCUAACCCUCAAGCAAUAAAUCUUAUCGCAAUACCCCCUUUUGUACUCGCGUGCACUCGCCGCCGCAGCGCGCUCAAACGCAGCCUCUGAGACUAGCGUCCCACCCGCCUCGACACUUUAACGCAGUUUCCAAUAAGCAGACGCUCGAAACAUUAUGACACGCAAAGCAAUAAAGAGUAAUUGUCCAGGUGUUUUUUCAAAUAGUGAUUCGAACGCUUGUUUAUUCUGAAACGUUUUAAGUUUCGAAGCAACCAGCGUCUAAUCUCAGAAGCUCCGUUUGUUCGUAGACUGUCUCCGCGAUUGUACUCUCUGGACAAUGUGACUCUAAGCGAUUCGCUUUGGAUAUCGGUCAUGUGAUAUCGUGUGACUCUCGCUGUUUAGUUAAGUGAAUUUUCGAUUAAGCUACGACAACGUUGAUAAUUUGCACGUUUGAUAAUAUCGCAAGCUCCUAUCGUAUAUAAUUUUAAGGAUACUUUGCUGUACCGACCGAGACUCAAUUUCAACUGGUUGUUAUGGAACAACGAGUGACGGGCUACUUGACACCAGUUCGGCCAUUCUUAGCUACUGGUCUGUCAACGCCUUUAUUUGCCGUAGUCGUGUCCAUACUGUAAGCGUUCAUUCUAACUCUGUAGCAAUUUGAUACUGAAUGUGCUAGUUCCAUCCAAAGUGACGCCAACUAGGGAACGACAUCGCGAGAUCGCUGGCAAUAUUGGUUCUCCCUAUAAUCUUAUUUACAACAAACGACCAAUUAUUUCACACUACGUUGAGACCUAUGCUAAGUUACUAUUGGCUUCAUUUCCGCAAUGAAAUGCCUGCGUCUCGCGGAUGUUCGCAACUAAAUAGUGGAUAAAAUAUAAAACAUAAUUGUGUUAAUACUGCCUACUACUAGACGCGAAUUUAUAUUUAAAUAUAAAAGUCAUAAAAUAGCGUUAUAACUGACAAUAAUGAUUGUUAACUGAUGUAUAAAGUGUUACGGCGUAUGUGCGUUGAUUUUAUUUUGAUUAUGUCCAACAAAUUGUAGUGGUUUAUACGCCGAAUUAGGAACUAGGUAAGUAUUUCAAACUGAAUACAUGAUUGAGGGUAAAGACUGCGCGCUAGUUCUUGACACUGGCUGAAGUAUGUAAGCGGUGAGAUGGGGAGGACGCGAUUGUUUGAGUAUCAAGGUGAUUCAGUCCGACAAUCAAUAUUUGUCUACCUCUUCCGUCCUGUCGCUUACAUACCUCAGCCGGUGACAAGAACUUGAGCGCACAGUAUAGAGAUAAUACACCACUGAAAUGUUUUUAUAUUUAUUUUAUCGAGCAAACUAGGCUACUUUCUCUUGAGAAAAAAUUGCUAUGUUAAGUUAAUCCAGAAAAACAAAUGGCCUGAAAAGCAAAGCGUAGUUCCUAGAAGAAUAUUCAGAUUGAGAAUGGCAUUGUACAGUACGUUUUAGUUCGGCGUAUGAACCACGUAUAGACACCAAUGAUAUUAAUAUAUUAUACGUAUAGUUAGCUAAUUACAUAAAGGUUGGUGUAUAGCGAGUGAUACUGUCUAACAGUAAUGUUUUUAUGUGUAAGUACUACGGUAAUAACAAUACUACUUGUGUGUUAUGCGUGCAUUGUAUAUGGCACAACAUAGUCAAAUACCGUUUAUAAAUAUAUUAUAUAUUUUAGAAAUAUUUGCACCUUUAGUAGUGAAAUAUUAAAAUGUAUAUCUGCAGAUUUUAGCUAGAAUAUAUUUAUGACGGAAACACUUUUAAAAAUUGUAAAGUGUUUUUAAAAUUCGAAGUUAAGUUUCUAUAAGACGAGACAGAAAUAUGUACCUAUUGUAAAAGUUUUUGAUUAGUUUUUGUCAAUUAUACCUUUGUAAUCAGAUUAAAGUAGUUAUUUUGGAUUAUUUAAAUCUAAGAAUGGUCAAUUACUUGUUCAUUAUUUUUGGGAUAAGAGUUGAGGUUUCGCUUCAUUUUCCUUAACACCUGUAUUAUCUAUAUUUACAUUUAAAGUCUAGAAAGUAAUCGCCAUAUUAAACGAGCUACAACAUUGGGACUUCCACUGAGACGCACGAUGCGACAACGUAAAUACUUCGUGAACACAAACAAGUUAUAUAUGUACGUAUGUGUAUAUAUACACUGUCCUAAUCUAAAUAGUGCUAACCGUAAGACGUGGUUACAGCUUACGUAAGCCUAAAUGAUUCUAUUGCCCAGCAUUACUAAGCUCAUCCAUGUCCGUAACAAUUUUUUCGUAGAAAUUUAAAGAAAACUUGAACGUUUUUUUAACAGCUGUAUUGUCGUAUACGCACGUAAGCCAUAUAAAAACCGUUUCAGUAUAAAUAAACCGGCAAUAUGUACCCAUUUCAUAUUCUAGAAUCCUCCCUUAUCGUAACGAGUCCGUUGAAGGCCCAAUGUUUUUGAUGUGAUUUGUAGUGCUAACUCCAUUACCUAAUAUUAGACCGUAGCUUCAUGUAACGUAGUCUUUGAAAUCUAAUAAAAUACUUUUUGAGCCAAAUGCAGUUUAACCAAAAACAAUUUAUCUAUAAGCAACUCUUGCUUGUAGACACAACUUUCAAAGCGACAUUUUUAAAAUACUGUGCCGUAAAUAAUGGAAUAUUUAUGAAGCUGCGGGCCUAGUAGAUAAAUCCCAAAAAAAAGACCUUUAUUAAAGUCGUUUUCGAAAUUGUAAACACCAAAAUAAAAUGUAAUAGACGUACAUAAAUAGAUGUUAAGAAAAAUAUGAGCUUCAUUUAGACUAACUGGGCUUGUGUAACGAAUUGUGUGUUAACAAAAUAGUUCUACCAUUUUACAUCGUCACCUUACCUACUUUAAUUUUCUCGUGACUCUUUAUACUUGACACGAUAUUUAUAUUUAUACCUAAACCUCAUAUUAUUUUUGUAUGUUUGUUUAUUAGAGGACGCUUAUCCUACUACAUUAUCACCUUUUGCGAAGCGUUUUGAUUCUACAGAAAGAUACGAUUAUAAGCGCACAGACUGGUGACAGGGUUUAUAAUUUUAUUUUUGUCUAUCGGCAGGCGAGUUUUAAACAGACAAAAAACGUUCGCUUGUGAAUACUUGGACAUUCUAUGGCUUUCCAAAGUAUUCCGCAAACGAUACAGUUUUCGACGAAAUCAACUAUAUUUUACAGAACGAAAUUCGUCUGCUCAUUUACCUAUUAAAAUAAUGAUAGACUAUUUUAUAAAGAAAAAAAUUUGGAUUAUUGUCUACGUCAAAAUAUAUUUCUUAUUAAUCUGCACCUACUUGUUCAUUAUUAUCUUCAUCAAGUGACACUUAUUACUGUUUCUUUGAAAUCGAUGGUAUUUGUAUUGUGUAAAUAAUAUAUAAAUGAAACGGUAAAUGUUUAAGUUUACAGUUGUUUAAGAAUGAAAUGCAAUGCACCAAUAUUACGUUCCUUUAGCAUUUAAAGUGAAUAUACAAGUAUAGUGAAUGUUCUACUUGAAGUAUGUUUGAGUUGUACAAAUGUUAUUUUUAAAUUAAUUAUGCCAGCUAUAGACUGUAUAAUAUCUUACUCUAAUACCUACCAAGUUCAUCGCGACUUCAACUGCGCAACUAUUUGAAUAAUUACUUAUAUUUAUUUCAAUGUAAUUUGAAACUAUAUCACUGUCAAAAAUGUUACAAAUUUUAAGUGCUUCCAAUAAGCUUGCGUGGUCGGCGAAUUUUCCAUGUUUCCUAAAAAGUGCUGCUUAAUACGACACUAGAUUCGGUUGAUAAGUUUCAUGGCCUAAGUUUAUUUGCACGUGGGUCUCACUCGCAAGAUUAAAUGUUUCUUAAAAACUUUACAGCCAGAUUGAGAUCCAUUUGCAGUGAACACAACCUACAAAUCUUAAAAUAUUUUACGUUUAGAUUAGCAUUAUAGGUAACCGUGAUUAAAUGUGGAAUAUGAAUACAAGUUUGAAAACCUGAUAAAUGAAUACUAAUGAUAAGUUUUAAUAAUUAGUCAUAAUUUUAUAUAAAUAGCUGCUUUAACCUAAUACUGUAUAAUAAUUUAUUACUUAAUUUUAUGUAUUUUUUUCUGUUACUGUUAUUUCAAACUUGCUGUGACUAGUUAUCAGAGGUUCUAUACGAAUAAACUUUCAGAAACUUGAAUACGAUUGGUUGUUUUAUGGCGUCUUCAAACUUAUCGACUUAAAAUCAUCAAUUUUUCAAUAGUUUUGGAAUCAGUACCGCCAUAUACGAUCUGUUUCACAUGCUUAUUAAACAGGUGCCGAUUUUACUUCGUUAAGUUUGGAGAUUUAUCUAAUGAAAUGCAUAGGAAGUGAUAAAUCUUCAAAAAGUGUCGUUAUUGAUAAAGCUCCGAUUUGUAAAUUGAGGUGUCUAAGGCUUAGAAUCUCACGACAAAUGCAAAAUUUUACCUUGUAUUUGGGUAAUAAACCCAAAUUUCUUCCUUCUAAUCUGUUUUCUAAUAAAUGUAACUGUGGGAAUUGAAUCGUGUAAGAGUCGAUGAAGCUUUGUUACAUCGAACGUGUAGUUUACGUUAAGGAUUGCACCGUGUGCAAAUAAAAUGAGACGUAAGUCGGUUUUUUAACUGUAUACCCGGUGGUUUAUUUAUAGUGGGAAAUGAGGCCAUUAGCUGGCAACAUUAGUAACACUAUGGCGGGAAAAAUACAUUUGAAGUAACCUAACCUAACAUAACCUAAAUUUUUAAAGUUACUAAAUAAAAUAUGAAAACUGCACUUUCUUCCAACGCCUGACAAAAAUUAAAAGCGAGCUUAAUUUAUAUUACAAGAGAUUUCUGUAUAUAGAUCUCUUUGGCGUUUAGCCGCCAUGUUGUUUUGCCCACAUACUAUUAUUCAAAAUGAAUGCUAUCUGCAAGUAAGGCAUACAAUUAAAAAAUCGACUUAUAGAAUGACCACUGUGAUUAAAAAUGUUGUUUAACGUGAGAUUAUGAAGUGUUAAAAUAACCGUUCGUAUUAAUUGGAAAAUUUUAAUGUCAUGGCGCUCAAACGUUAAAAUAUAAUAGACUUUUUAUAUAGAGCAAUGGAAAAUAAGAUAUAAUAUAUGUGAAUUGUUUUGUUGUGUUAUAUGUAAAUAAUUUGUUUGUCAUACCAUGUACCGUUCAUUACAUCGUUUGUAUUUAUUUAUAGGCAUUGGUGCAUAUCAUGUGUA